AUGUCCGGCCAAAGUCACGUGCCGAAGAAUUUUCUGGGUGCUCUUGGGGUAGUUAAUCGUUUCUUAUAUUUUCGUGAUAUAAAUGAUAUAAAGAUGAACAUAAUUACACAAAAUCAAAUAAAACGUGAUAAACAAUUAAAUAUGAAUCAAAUCAAUCAUCAGUCAUUAGAAAAAAAAGCACAACAACCUCAACCACCACCUCAGCAACAACCACCACAACAACAACCACCACUACCAAACUUUAACAGAAUGAACCAGGCUUUUCAAACAAUCAUACAGGAACUAUCAUAUCUACAAAAUAUCCCUAAUGCGAAUGUUAUUCAAGCUCUACAGACUGGUCAGCAAAAUAUACAACAGACUUUAAAUGUAAUCCAGCAAAAUAUGACUACGAUGCAGCAAAAUAUGGCUAUGAUGCAGCAAAAUAUGCAAAAUAUGACUGCGAUGCAGCAAACUAUGCAAAUGACUUUAGCAACAAUUCAGCAAAACAUCCAGAUUGUAGAUAUGCGAUCCUAUUACAGAUCUGUCAAUUCACGUAUCACUAGUGAAAAUGAGGCCAUCAUCGCGCUUCCCAAUUUUCAAAAUGCAUAUCCUAAUCCAUUCCCUAUUAACGUCCGGAAUCUUCGUGGUUUAACUGGUCAAAAUUUAGAUACUCUGUUAGCCUUUUAUGGUUUACAAGUAACUGGAGGACUCGAUGCAAGACAAAAGCGUCUUGCUAAAUACUUGGGUAUAAAAUUGUUAUAA